AUGUAAGACUGUGCCACUUUCUAUUUUGAACAAGGAACAAUGACAGCUGUUUGAAUACUGUCAGUGAUAUUUUAACACACACUCAUCUUUAGAAAAUCUUGGAUACAUAAUGGAUUCCUCAAAAGACUCGGCGGACGAGGGUUAUGUCAUAUGUUCUUCUGUGACGGAUAUAAAAGCGCAUGAGAAAGAAAAAUAUGAAGAUGAGAAUCCAGGAAAUGUAUAUAUGGAAUUAGGCACCCCAGAUUAUGAAAAAAUUCAAGACUCUGCAGUUAUUUUGAAACCACACAAGACAGACAAAGGGUAUAUGAUGCCUGUUGAAAUUCAUGAUCCAGGAUAUUCCAAAUUAAAUAUCUACUCAUCGGAUUCGCCAUAUGAAUUACCAGUGCAUGUUGUUCGACCUUUUCAAAAUGAGACGUCGAGCAAGAAAACUUUAACAGACACCUCCUUUCAAAAAUCGGAAUCAAAACCGCCCCUUCCAGAAAGGUAUAAGGUGAAAUCCAAACGAAGCAAGAGGCCAUUUUUGAUUGGCUGCGUCAUUUUCAUUUUGACGAUAAUAACCUGCGCCUUGGUGGUAGUUUUGUACAUCAUCAAAAAAGAUACACCUGAAGGCAAGGCAGAUUCUCAAAACCCAUCAACAGGGAAUACCACAUUGGAUACGACCACUAUGCCAAGAACGUCUAAGACAACGGCUUCGACAACAACUGGACCGAUUACAACAUCAAGAACAACGAGCAUUUCAAAAGUGACAACAAUAACGACAACAUCAACUACUACAUCAACAUUAGGUCCAGACAAAUCCACUGUAGAUAAAUACAAAGAUUGUAAGGAACUACAUCAGCAAGGUUUUACCACUAACGGGGUGUACACAAUAUACCCGUACCUCCCUGUUACUAAACCAGUAAAGGUUUACUGUGAUAUGACAACAGAUGGAGGAGGGUGGACGGUAUUUCAACAUAGAAAGGAUGGAUCCGUUGACUUUUAUUUGGAUUGGGUUGACUACAAAUCAGGGUUUGGACAAGUAAAGGGAGAACACUGGCUCGGAAAUGAUCACUUACAUCAGCUGACGAUGCUUGGAACGUCCGAUUUCUAUGUUCGUUUGGAAAGAUUUAAUGGUGGUUGGUACUACGCCAAAUAUAAUGAUUUCUUGAUUUCCAACGAAACAGGUGGUUAUAGGUUGAGACUUCAAAGUGGAUCAUAUCAGGGGAAUGCAGGGGAUUCCAUGGAAACUCACCAACAAACAACCAAUACAAAUGGAUACAAGUUCAGCACACGUGAUGUAGAUCAUGAUUCUGCUCAAAGUAGCUGUGCAGUGGCCCGCAAAGGUGCCUGGUGGCAUAAUGAAUGCACAUGGGCAAAUUUGAAUGGAAUGUACGGGAACGGAAUUUGUGUACUACUUGGGAAUUGUAAUUUUUGGUAUUCAUUGACAACCAGCUUUAGUGGUGUAAAAACUUCGUUUAUGAUGGUUCGCAGAGUUUGAAUUGAAGAUUGAC